AUGAUCGCGCGUCUUCCACUGGCUCUACCUUGGCGCAAACCACGCGACGGACCAAUCCUAUUCUCGGCCGACGCUGAGUUCCCUCCCGAAGGAUUUGACAUUAGCUUUCGCCGCUUGGGAGCGCCGAACAAGCGCAAGACGAACUCAAUUAAAAUGGCGUCACUCUUUCAGCUGCCAGAAGAGCUUCUUCUGUCUCCUCUGUAUGAACGAUUCCCCUGUCGAGAAUAUCAAAUCCGAUCUCUAGCCACCCUCCUCCAUCCUACAGCAGCGCCUUGUCGGAACCUUGUCGUCUACGGCACCGAGGCCACCGGCAAGUCCACCGUCGUCGAGGCCCUCCUGCAAACCCUCUCCAAAGCCUCCGACAAGGAGCCAGAACCCGAACCGUCUCUCAAGUUCGCUGUCAUCAACUCCAUACAAUGCAUCACAGGCCGGCACCUGUUCGAGCGGACCGUCGCCUCCGUAGUGGAUGCCAUACAAUGGGAGGCGCCACCCAAGAAAUGCGAGACUCUGGCGCAGCUGAUGGUUGAGCUGUGCAAGAUGCUCAAGUAUACUCAACGUCCCGAGGGCUGGCGCCUUGUCCUCGUCUUUGACGCAGUCGACCGCCAGCGAGACGCUCCCCCAACCCUCCUCACUGCUCUAGCAAGACUAUCCGAAGUAAUACCCUGCCUGACUUGCGUCUUCAUCGUCACCGCCCCUCCGCCGGGCUUCCUCCGCACCUCCUUCGCGCAGCAUAUCCAGUUCCCAAAUUACACCAAACAGGAAUUCGUCAAGAUUCUCUCCGCCACCCCGCCGCCGCCGACCCCGACGACCACACAGGACGACACAAACUUCCUCUGGAGCCGCUUCUGCGGCGCCGUCUGCGAUGCCCUCACGACAUCGGCCUCCCGUACGCUGCCCUCGUGCCGCCACAGCUGCGAGGCCCUUUGGCCGCGCUUCACCGCACCUAUACUCGCGCGCACCCACGGCCCGCGCGAAUUCUCCAAGCUCCUCAUCGCCUCGCGCGUUCACUUCCAGGAUGAGAGCCUCUUGAACCCGAGCAUCGUUUUCGUCAAGCCCGGCGCGGCCUCGUCGGCGACCGCCGUUAACGGCCAUGGCCCGGGGCCCGCCGGGACGCCAUCGAAGCACGCGACGGCGCAGCAGGCCAUGAGCACCGCCACUGCCGACCUAACGACGCUCCUGCCCACCACGACGCGACUGUUGCUACUGGCGGCGUACCUGGCGUCGCACAAUGCCGCCAAGCAUGAUCUGGUGCUCUUCUCGACCUACCACCACGGUCGACGCAAGCGUCGCGGCGGGGGUUUCGUGGCGCCGAAACGGGGCCGCCCCAGCAAACACAAAAAGAUCUCGCGCAAGUUGCUCGGCGCGCACGCUUUCGUCCUCGAGCGCAUGCUCGCCAUCUUCGCGGCCCUACGGUGCGAAUGGGCCGCCGACGACGGGCUCGCCGUCGGGAGCGUGGUCGACGGGGACGUCGGCAUGGCGAUCUCGACCCUUGCGAGCUUGCGAUUGCUGAUGAAGGUCGGCAUGGCAGGUGAUCCGAUGGAUCGGGGCGGCAAGUGGAGGAUCAAUGUGGGAUGGGACGUCAUCAGGGGCGUAGGGAGAAGCCUCGGUAUCGAGGUGGAGGAAUGGCUUGUUGACUAGGGC